AUGAGUGGCACUCAGCCUUCAGAUGUGCAUCUAGACCUAGAAACAAGAUCACGACUCACCCGUCAUCUCGAACAAGUCACAUUCGAAGCCAAUGCAUGGACACUGUGGACGAGAUGUUUCGAGCUCAUCAAGUUGCAGCGAAAGGACAUAUCACUCGAUAUGCCCAUGUUGGAUGAAGUGCUAAAAACGUACCUCGCAGGCAAGACACUGGCACUAAGUGAGUGCCAGUCUCACUUCGAGAUCUUCCUCUCGAACCGUAAAGGGUGGCAACGGAAGGUCGACAAGGGCCAGUGGGAAGCGGAUUUAAGAUCAAAUCACUACAAGAUCUAUCCACGCCCAGACAUCCUGGCCUGCGACAACUUUUUUUGGACGUUGGUCUGGAUCAAAUGGCUGGAGCACUUUCACUAUGGACGCUCACUUCAACCCAACGACUUCAUCUUUCCCGCAAUGGGUGCCAGCGGGGUGGUACAGCCUGGCCAACCGAUAUCUCACGAUACAGUACAAAAGUGGAUCAACGAGGCUACAACAGGCGCUGGCAUUCUCGGCAACUUCUCAACCCACUGCUUUCGUCGUGGGGGUGCACAGUACUGGUUUAUGUUUGCUCCCGUGGGUCAGCGGUGGACACUCGCCAAAGUUAGGUGGUGGGGUGGAUGGGCCGAAGGCGAGCAUCGCGACACACUCGUUCGUUACCUACUCGAUGAAUUACAUGCCUAUGAGAAUGACUACAGUGAUGCCCUUGCCCCCAUCUCCCGUGGUGCUAACGCCUCCCUCGCUGGUGAACAAGCUCUCAUGAGACCGGCGUCUAUAGAAGAGCUUCGCAUGGUUCAUUCAUCUGUCACGACAGAUGUCAACAACCUGCGCAACGACAUCGGAUCGGUUCACAACUCACUGCGCACGCUAACCAAUGUGAUGGUGCAGGCAGCCUGCACCACAGCAACUGCUCUGCAACUUCAAGGUGAUUCCUCCCGGCGCUUCACCAUCAUCUCUGACUCUCAGGCUGAGUCAUGUGCCUCCGAGUCUCACACACCACGGCCAACUCCACCAUACACCCCAUCCCGCGAAGGAGGACACCUCACAGCCACACACCACCCUUCACCCAGAGCUGUCACCAGCCAGAGCAGCAUCCUCGCUUCGCAACGACCCGCCGCUACUAAAACUACCCCACCAUCCAAGAACACCACCUCCCAAUCCCUCCCUACCGCUGGCCUUGUAAUUCCCCGUGUGCCUGUCACUCGUCCAAACGGCACAACCAGCCCGAAGAGUAAGUCCUGGAAGGAGAUCGUCGAGCAUUGGCUCGUCGGCGACCCAGACAGGGGAUUGAGGACGCCACUCAAAGAUUGGCCGAAGGAGUGGUACCAAGGCGCCAAUCGACGAUUCGCGUCGAAGUACCAUCAAAGGGCAACCAUCGCGCUGGAAUUCAUCAAUGAGUACGAGUCUAACGAGUCGCGUUUCCUCGCAGCAUAUCCAGAGGCCGAAAUGGGACACACGCAGUUGCUGAAGGCCAUCAACGAGGCACGCGCUGCACGAGGGCAGCGCGUCUCUCGCAAAAAGUGA